ACAAGAGAGGAGGGCGGGUCGGCCGGCCAGCCAGAGCUGGGGUGUUGGGCAGGCCGGAGUGGAGCUCGCUCGGGGGCUCAGGGCGGCUCCCCGGGGCGCGGCGCUGGCAGGGCCCCGGGCAGGGAAGCUGUGCCGCGGCGGGUGCGGGGCAGACGCUGUGAGGGCUCGGCCGGCGGGGAGGCUCCGGCUGGGAGCAGCUGCGGCACGGCGGCAGUAGGGAAUGCCUGCCGGAGGCUGUAGCGGGGAGCACUGCCCGGGCCCGCUGGCCCCGGCCACUUCAUAGACGUAAGCUGCGCCAGGGCAGGUCUGGGCUGGACAUUAGGAGCAAUUCCUUCACAGAAGGGGUGAUUAGAUAUUGGAAAGGGCUGCCCAGGGCGGCGGUGCUGGCGUCCCCAUCCCUGGAGGUGUUUAAGGAAAGACUGGACGCGGCACUCAGUGCUCUGGGCUGGGUGACAAAGUGGGGAUCGGUCACAAGAUUGGACUCGAUGGUCUCAGAGGACUUUUCCGACUUCAGUGAUUCUGGGAUUCUCGCCCUGGCGAGGGGUGGUUCGCUCCGGGCUCCUGCCGCAGUUGGAUGGAGAAGCAGCCUGGUUUGUGCAUUGCCGUGGGUGACCACUGCUUUCCUGUACUUCCCUAGUACUGAAGCCACCAGGAUUCAGUGAUGGAGGCUUUGCUGGAAGGAAUGCAAAGAAAUGGGCAGGGGAGCGGUGGGUUCUUGACCUCCUGUGAAGCCGAGCUGCAGGAGCUGAUGAAGCAGAUAGACAUCAUGGUGGCUCACAAGAAAUCCGAAUGGGAAGGGCAGACACAGGCUUUGGAAGCUUGUCUGAGUGCUCGGGAGCAGGAACUUUCCUCUGCCAAGGCAGCUCUGCAGGAAAAGCAAAAGGAGGUUGGCCUACUGCGUCGCCAGGUCGAAGAUGUGGAAAAAUCCAAGCAGGACAUGGUUAGAGAGUAUGAACAACAGCUGAAGAAAUUCCAGGAGGAGUUGUCCCGGCUGAGGAGGAGCUAUGAGAAGCUGCAGAAGAAAAAAACAAGAAGCAGAGGAGAAGCUAACAAGGGACAAGAGGAGGACAAGUUUGAAUUGAGCCGACUGACCAGGAAGCUGGAGGAGUUCCGUCAAAAAUCACUUGACUGGGAGAAGCAGCGCCUGCGGUACCAACAGCAGGUGGCAUCGCUGGAGGCGCAGCGCAAGGCUCUGGCAGAGCACUCCGAACUCGUGCAGACCCAGCUGGCCAAUCGGAAGCAGAUCCUGGACUCAGUGGAGCUGGCGAGCCGCUCGGAAAUCCAGCACUUAACCAGCAGGCUGGAGAGGGCCAAGGACACCAUCUGUGCCAACGAGCUGGAGGUGGAGAGGCUCAGCAUGAGGGUGGAUGACCUGAGCGAGGACAAGCGCAUGAUUCUGGAAGAUCAGCAGAGAGUUCAAGAAGAAUUAAGGCAGUCCAAGAAAAUGUUAGAGGUGCUGCAGGAUGAGAAGAUGGAACUGAGGGCCACCUUGCAGUCUCAAGAAGAUUUCAUUGACAGCUCGAAGCUGCACCAGGAACAGUUACAGAAAGAGCUGGACAGGAUGGCUGAAACUCUUCACAGAAAAGAACUCCUCAUCAGGGCCUUGGAGGAGCGCUUGCAAGGGAAGCCAUUGUCCUCUGCAGGGCUGGAGCUGGAGCAGGUGCUGCUGCAGCUGGAUGUUGCCCAGAAGAAGGAACAGCACUUGCAGUCAGAGGUGACUCGUCUUGAGAACAGCCUGGUGUCUUCAAAUGCCAGGUGUGUGCAGCUGAGUGAGGAGCUGGGUGAGAAUAUCAAAGAGCUGCAGUCCCUGGAAGAAGACCAGACUGAGUCAAGGGCAGAGAUUAAAAAGUUGAAAGACCAGCUCUCUCAGGCUGAACAAAUGCACAGCAGUGAGCUAGAGGGGAUGAAAAGGGAGAUCUCCAGGCUGACACAGGAGCUGCAGCAGCGGGACAUCACCAUUGCAUCGGCGAGCGGCUCCACCUCAGACCUGGAGCAGCAGCUCAGAGCAGAGAUUGAAAGAGCAGAGAGGAAAGCAGUGGAGCACAGGGUAAUUCUGGUCCAGCUGGAAACCUUGAGGCUGGAAAAUCGUCAUCUCUCAGAGAUUCUGGAAAAAAGAGAGUGUGGUAAGCUGAAGGGGGAUGAUGGCACCCUGAGAGCACUCAGGGAGGACUACGCUGCUGAGCUCCAGAAAUUAAUAUCUGAGAACCAGCAGCUGCGGAUGGACCUCGCAGAGACCAGGGCAAAACUGGGGGUCACUGCACAGGUGUGCCCAGAUGAACCUGAGAGCAUGGCUCAGCAGGGGCAAGGCAAAGAGCCCAGGGAUGUACAGCACAGGACAGCUUGGGAAGCACAGCACGAGCAGGAUGAACACACAGGCAGGACACAUCUCCAGCCUGACAGGACUGCUCAGCAUCAUCACAGGGACUCCCAAAGGUGUGGGGCUGCUGAAACAGGAACUGUGACCCCCGAGAUGGGUGAGCCACCCUCCCAGAGCAGCAGCGAGAACUGCAAGGAGUCACGUGCCUGGCUGGGAGCAGAGUCUGUGCUUCAUGUGGUGGAUGAAAACAAAGAUUUUGCAGAUGAAGCAUCUAAGCAGCCUGCCUUAAAUCAUCACAGAGAAUCUGUGUUUUUGUGCCCCUUGCCUACAGCUUCUGUUGGAUCCAUUGCUGCACGAUACCUGGAAGAUGAAGAAGUGAGAUCCCAGCACAUCCUGGAGUGCCUAAAUGCUCACAUUGAGGAACUGAAAAAAGAGAGUGCAAAGAUAGUGAGACGAUUUGAACACCAGGAAUAAUGUUUCUUGUGGAAUUGGAAUGCUGGUUUCCUUACGUGCUUCCAAACUGUGACUGGGAAGGUGCCUAUAUCCAGCUGGGAUUGGAGCUUGAGUGAGAGCCAUGUGUCCUACUUGGAGCUGAAUCAGCAGGAUGGGAGUUGGGGAAAAGGAGCUCCUGUCUACAUGCUUGCUCUGAUGAGGGGUGUUACACCACAAACACUUCAGUCAUCUUGCCAUAGGUCAGAGACCUGCAUCAGAGCUAUGUGCUCCCUCACAAAGUUGAUGGUGUUUUUUAAAAGCAAACCAUUUGCUAGUUUUUAUGUAAAGUAUUAAAGUAUAUUUUAUACGUGUGAAAGCCUUGAAAUAAAUCAGAAUGGCAAACAC